AUGAAGAAACUGAAGUCGUAUCUGGUAAUGAUGUUGCUUCAAGUUGGGUUCGCGGGGAUGUACGUGCUCACCAUCGUUUCGUUCAGACACGGGAUGAGCAGUUACGUCUUCUCCGUCUAUCGUCACGUCGUUGCCACUCUCGUCAUGGCUCCUUUCGCUCUUCUUCUCGAAAGGUUAGCAAUUCAAAUUAAUAUAAUGAAUCAUGAAAAAAAUUCAAUUUUCAUUCUGAUAAUCAGGCCGGUGCUGGACACGAAUCUGUACAAUCUGGGAAUGAAAUACACGACCGCAACGUUUGCCUCUGCAACUCUCAACACCAUACCUGCCAUCACCUUCAUUCUUGCUCUCGUUUUCAGGCUGGAGAGUGCAAACAUAAGGAAGAUUCACAGUGCAGCCAAGGUGAUUGGGACCAUAAUCACAUUCGUUGGAGCCAUGGUCAUGACAUUCUACAAAGGCCAAUUAGUUCUGGGCUUGAGCCAUACUUCCACGUCACUGCCGUAUUAUGGAUCAUUCAUGGUACCAAACGCCGGUAGUGCAGAAGAGAAACGACAUUGGGUCGUCGGGACGGUUAUGCUCUUCGCGAGCUGCGUCGCGUGGGCUGCUUUCUUCAUCCUCCAGGCAAUGACGUUGAAGGAGUAUCCGGCAGAGUUGUCUCUGACGGCAUUGAUAUGUUUGAUGGGAGCUGGGGAAGGAGUGAUCGCUACUCUUGUUAUGGAGGCAGACUCGAGUGUAUGGAAGAUUGGCUUCGAUUCUAGGCUCCUUGCCGUUGCUUAUUCCGGAGUGGUUUGCUCUGGGAUUGCGUACUACGUGCAAGGAGUUGUCAGCAGAGAGCGAGGCCCGGUUUUCGUGUCUGCUUUCAGCCCUCUCUGCAUGAUUGCCACGGCUUUUCUUGGUUCCAUUUUCCUUGCUGAAACCUUGCACCUUGGAAGGUAA